AUGGCUGGGGUUCCUGCUUUCGUAAUUCCGUUAAACAUCGCCGUUGCUGCGGUCUCUUUGGCCGUCUCCAAAACUUCCCAGGGGCUAUUGAACCAAGCUCGUAAUAGGUACCCGUCGGACAAGUGUGUUACGCUUCCCAUGACCGACAGUCUGAACGGAGGUUGGCUCUGUUUAUUACGCUUCCAAGGGGAGACCGUCACGGAGAACCGACAGAAGCUGGCAAUCAUCAAUAUUUACAACAGCAGAGGUAACCGGGUCUAUUAUGCUCGGCAGAAGAAGAAUCUCUGGGAGUUGGUUAGCCUUAUCAGAGUGCCCGGGGAAGAAACAAAAAUGGCACACAUCAAGUUAGGAAAACUCAGUUAUGAUUAUAUUUUUUUCGAACCAAACAGCGCCUCGCCGGGCACCUCGUCUGGCACACCCCCUUUGAAAGUGACCGCCGUGCCCUCGCACGGUGCUUCGUCCCUCACCAACCUUCUCUUUGGAACCAAGAGCCAAAUGUUCCAGGUUUGUGACAAAUCAGGGGUGCUGGUGGAGUACCAAUGGCAGAAUGAAUCCCGAUAUUUGGUUAAAAAGGUGCCGAACCACAAAUCUUUCGUAGAGCACUUGGGCCCCCAUACAGAGGUCGGGCAGAGGGUAGCGUUGGCCCUUAAAUCCUCAAACUCGCAGCUGGAGCAGAGCCUCUCGUACGACUUGUACUUUAAUGAUUCCGAGGUUGGGCUAAACGUGCUCAUAGCCACCGCCUUAGUGUCGAUGCUCAGACAAUGGAAGGGGUCGCAGAAGCUCUACAAAAAGCGGUUGGCCCGUUCCUCGCACGGAUCAACGUUGACUCGAACGGCCAGGAACGGAGUCCAAAUCAUAAGCUAUUCUGGGUCCUAA